CGGAACGGGGCGGGGCCUCCGAGCUGUAGGUGCUGCUGCCCAGUCGAGACAGGUGCGCUGGACGGAGCGUAGAGAUCGUGGCCGUGCAACGCCGAGCACCGACGGCUUUCUAGUCUGGUUUUCCAGAGCCUGUAGACAAGAUGGAAUCCACUCCAUUUAACAGACGACAGUGGACUUCCCUGUCAUUAAGAGUAACAGCCAAAGAACUUUCUCUUGUCAACAAGAAUAAGUCAUCGACAAUUGUGGAAAUAUUCUCCAAGUACCAGAAGGCAGCUGAAGAGGCAAACACGGAUAAGAAGAGAAAUAACACUGAAAAUCUCCCCCAGCACUUUAGAAGAGGGACCCUGUCCGUGCUAAAGAAGAAGUGGGAGAACCCCGUGGCCGGAGGCGAGUCCCACACAGACACACUGCCAGACAGCAGCAGUGAGGGUGUGCGCAGAGUGGACCACCCUCCGGCCAGAGUGAAGGAGGGCGCUGCUUCUGGAUCCAGAGCAGGCCAGGAAGGGCUAACCCAGCCCAAACCUAGAUUUGGAUCUCGUCCGGAAGCCGUUAUUCAGUGUCGGCAUUCCCCCUCAGAGGACAGCCUGAAUCUGAAAGCCCAGGCCACAGAAAGUCAGAAGAUGGAAAAUUGUCUAGGAGAUUCCAGGCACGAAGUAGAGAAAUCCGAAAUGAGUGAACACACAGAUGCUUCGGGCAAAAUAGAGAAAUACAAUGUUCCGCUGAACAGACUAAAGAUGAUGUUUGAGAGAGGUGAACAAAGCAAGAUUCCUUGGACUCAAAGCCGAAAUGCAGGUGGAAAAAGGAUCUCUGAAAACAGCCGUUCCCUGGAUGACUUGGAAAUAAGUCCUGGUUAUUUGUCAUCUUCCGCAUUCAACUUGGAGAAGAAUGAGAGCAAGCGGAGCCUGGAGCUCCCUCGCCUCUCAGAAACUUCCAUCAAGGAUCGCAUGGCCAAGUACCAGGCUGCUGUGUCCAAGCAGAGCAGCUCAGCCAGCUACACAAAUGAGUUGAAAGCCAGUGGUGGUGAGAUCAAAACUCAUAAACUGGAACAAAAGGAGAAUGUGCCCCCAAGUCCCGAGGUCUGCAUCUCCCAUCAGGAAGGGAAAAAGGUUUCUGCAACUGAGAAUAGCCUGUUGGCCCAUUCUGGCCCUGCUGAAGAUGAUGCCUGUAACUCCCCGGUGAAGAGUGAGGCCCAGCAGCCUGUGUACCCUAAGCCACUGAGUCCUGACGCCAGAACCUCCAAUCUUCCGGAAAGUUCUCCUUCCAGAACAGUGAAGAAGUUUCAGGCUCCUGCAAAAGAGAGCUGUGUGGGGUGUCAGAAGACCGUGUACCCCAUGGAACGUCUCCUGGCCAACCAGCAGGUGUUUCACAUCAGCUGUUUCCGCUGCUCCUACUGCAACAACAAGCUUAGUCUAGGAACAUAUGCAUCUUUACAUGGACAAAUCUAUUGUAAGCCUCACUUCAAUCAGCUCUUUAAGUCUAAAGGCAAUUACGACGAAGGCUUCGGCCACAGACCACAUAAGGAUCUUUGGGCAAGCAAAAGUGAGAACGAAGAAACUUUAGAGAGACCCCCCCAGCCUCCAGAUGCAGGGGAGACCCCCCACAGCCCCGGGGUAGAAGAUGCCCCCAUCGCUAAGGUGGGUGUCCUGGCUGCAAACAUGGAAGCCAAGGCCUCCUCUCAGAGGGAGAAGGAAGAUAAGCCUGCUGAGACCAAGAAGCUGAGGAUCGCCUGGCCGCCCCCAGCUGAGCUGGGCAGUUCAGGCAGCACCAUGGAGGAAGGGUUCAAGGUCUCUAAGCCCAAGUGGCCUCCUGAGGACGAAAGCAGCAAGACGGAGGCUCCCGAGGAUGUAGAUCUGGACCUGAAGAAGCUGAGGCGAUCUUCGUCGCUGAAGGAGAGGAGCCGCCCAUUCACCGUAGCCGCUUCAUUUCGAACCUCUUCCGUCAAGAGCCCCAAGGCGCUGUCACCUCUCAGGAAAGGUUGGAGCAUGUCGGAGCAGAGUGAGGAGUUUGGAGGAGGGAUAGUAACAGAAGGGAAACAGACGGAAUAUGCCAGAGCCUCUGGGAAGAACGAGAAUGUGGGGAAAUCACGCUGGCAGCGCAAGGAUUCCGCCAGGGAGGAAGCAGUGAGGAAGAGCAAGGACAUUCAUGAUUUUGAGCUGGCGAGUGAGAAUUUCGUAGAAAACGGAGCAAACAUCGAUGAAGAUGAUAGCAGUGACGUCGUGCAGAAGUCUCCACUAGAACCCGAGUCUCCAAGAUGGUCCGGCUUUGUAGACACCACUCCCACUAAAGAGUUCACGACCCAGAAUCAAAAAUCUCAAGAUGUGGGUUUCUGGGAGGGGGAAGUGGUCAGAGAGCUGUCGGUGGAGGAACAGAUAAAGAGAAACCGAUACUACGAUGAGGAUGAAGAAUAACAGGCCGCCAUGGGGUGCUGGCCUUAAAUUCCUGUCAGCACUAGUAGUCACUGCCCUUUAUCAAGUGGUGCCCAGAGACAGGCAGCCAGGCGCUAGCUGUCAUUUAUGUGGGAGCGACUUCGGAAAGGAAUUCCUGCUACCAAAACAGAAAACAAAAGAGAAUCAAUUCUAAGUGCAUUAUUGGAACUCCAUUUGAAGACUGGUGUGGUGGUACACGCCUUUAAUCCCAGCACUCAGGAGGCGGAGGCAGGCUGAUCUCUGAGUUUGAGGCCAGCCUGGUCUACAGAGUGAGUUCCAGGACAGCCGGGACCACACAGAGAGACCCUGUCUCCAAACCAAAAGAAAGAAAGUCCAUUUUAGCAGUGAACACAUACGUAAGGGCUGAGGGGAGGCUCUCAUUGGUCUAGCCCAGUGUCCACUACAUUCCCCAAAGUGAAUAUUCAAGUGUCUAGACAGUGGUACAUUUUCACACUACGAAUACCAUUGUGGAAUUGGAGGCAAACAACAGAUUUAGGUACCUACAUAUCAUGACCAGAAGCACUUUAGUAUAAAGGGCACAAUGUAGAUAUUUUUACCAAUUUCAUUUUUUAGUACUCAAUUGUUUAAAUCAAAUAUUUAGUCUUUCAAAAUUUUCUAUGCAUUUUUCUCCCUCCGGUAGAUAUGGGAACUUAUUGCUCUGCAUCCUACACUCUGUAUUUUUAAUUACUGAAGUAUAAAACAGCAGCCUCUGGCCCAGGAAGACCACCCACUUAGUAAAGGCGCUUGCUACACAAACCUGACCACUUGAGUUCGAUCACCAGCACCCACGUAUAAAGGUGAGAGAACCAACUCCACAAGGUUACCUUGUGACAGACGUGCCCUGUGGCACACAUGGCCAUCAAAAGUAAUAAUAAUUUUUAAAAAGCCACCAGGCGUUGGUGGUGCACGCCGUUAAUCCCAGUACUCAGGAGGCAGAGGCAGGCGGAUCUCUGAGAGUUUGAGGCCAGCCUGGUCUACAGAGAAACCCUGUCUGGAAAAAACAAACACAAAAACAAGCCACCCUUCCGAGACACCUUUGAGAACAAAGAGCCAGCCUGUGUGCUUGGUGCUUGGAGAGUCCCACCAUGGCAUCCGCCAGUGUGUCAUCCUGAACUCUAGGUGAUUGUGUCGUCUGUUUGGUGACUUCUCACACUUUACAGAACGCUGCACUGUUUUUACAAGACCUUCUGGGUCAGGGUUCACUGUGCUCUGGAUAAAACCAAAUGAAGACUCCAAAGGAGGGAAAACAAGAGGGACUGCCUGAGCCCAGAUCUCCACGGCCACCCUGAGGCAAAUCUUUUCAGUACCUAUCAUCUCUGAAAUGUAUUGACUUUCCGUGUCAGAUAACGUCUCCGGGUUAAAUUCAAUCAGUUUUAUAUCUUUCUUCUUGGAUGGUGUCCUGGCUGGAUUCACUGUUGGCGUAAUAAAACCCCCGGGCAAAAAGCGACUGGGAGGAAGAAGUCCAUUCCCACUUACAGGUCACAGCCGUUGUCAAGGGAAGCCAGGCAGGAACAUGGCUGGCUCCCUGGCUCCGUGUCCCUGUCUUACUCAGCUUGCUUUCUUAUACAACCAGGGCUGCCUGCCAAGGGGUGGCUCUGCUCACAGCAGUGGCAGCAAAAAGCCCUAGAGACAAUGCCCACAGACUAAUCUGUUAGUGACGGUUCCUCAGUUGACAUCCCCAGGCAAUUCUAUUUGUCAAACUGGCAAAAACCAGCACAGGCGGUUUUCUCUAGCAUUAAGGCUUUAGAACAUUAUACACGAGCAAAGGGUACAUUUGUUGUAAGUGACUGAUAUCCCAAAUCAUGUAUGGGUGUGGGGUGUUUUUAAGGUAGAGAGGCCUUUUUUGCAUUUGUAGAGAUUUAGAGAUGUAAAAUAAUGUUUCCUUAUAGUCUUGUUUAGCCUAAAACAUUUUUAUUCAAUAAAGCUUUUAAUUUACAUUUCAA